UGUCACUUUGUCGGGAGGAAACAACGUGCACAGUCGACAAAAGUGAUGGUUCAAUGCAACGUUACGCUUAGCUAUGCUGACGAGUACUGUAAGCCCGUUGCUGAGAAUCGGUCUCGGUGCGAUCGGCAUGUGGCCCGGUUCCUCGUACGGGACGUUCUGCUGGCUCUUUUACAUGACGACCCUCCUAACGAUGCAAUAUUUUCAAUACUCGUACGUCUACGCGCAUCUGGACUUUGGCAAUCUGACCAAACUGAUGGACGGUCUGGGCCUCACUCUGGAUUACACUCUGACGAUUCUGAAGCUGAUCAGCCUCUGGUUUAAUCGCCGACUAUUCGCGGAUAUUCUGGUCGCGAUGGACGACGAUUGGAAAGACCGCGCGACCGAUUUGCGCGAGUGCGUGAUGAUGGACAAGGCUAAUCUGGCGCAUUGUUGCUCCAAUGCCAUAAUAUCCGUCAAUGCCGUUGCCACCGUUCUCUACUUCAUCGAUAGUCACGUACGUGGCCGUACAGUUUCCAAGGAUGGACAACACCGAGAGUUUCCGAUACAGGUACAGUUGCCGUUCGAGGCCCACGAGACGCCGAUUUUCGAGUUUGUCAUCCUGGGAUUGUUCUUUCAUGUGUUAGAAACGGCGACCGUGAUCGCGAUAUUGAACUCCUUGAUCUUAACGCUGGUACUUCAUGUAAGCGGACAAAUCGAUAUCAUGUGUCAAGAAUUGAAAGAGAUUCCUUCCACAUUCAACUCUGAGAUGUUCUCCACCAAGUUGUUCGUUGAGAGACAUCAGAAGAUUAUAUCAUUGUCGAAAAAUAUCGAGAAUUAUUUUUCGUUCAUUGCUCUGUUACAAUUCGUAUGGAACACCUUUGUUAUCUGCUCUUUGGGAUUCAUGGUUGUUAUAUCUUUAGAUAAGAAUAUAGAGAGUAAAUCCGGGAUUUUUAUACAAUUUAUGAUGCCAUAUAUCGCAGUAACUAUAGAAGCUUUCGUCUUUUGCUUCGCCGGCGAGUAUUUGAGCACCAAGAGUAGGUCCAUCGGCGAUGCGGCGUAUGAGGCAGUUUGGUAUGAUUUAUCUACCAGCGAAUGCCGAAUUUUAUUAUUCCUCAUCUUAAGAUCGCAAAAACAUUUAACGAUUACGGCUGGGAAAAUGAUGGAUCUAACAUUGGAAAGUUUCACUACUGUCAUGAAAGCUUCGGCUUCAUACAUUUCGGUUUUGCAUGCGAUAAUCGUGAUUAUGUCGACGAGUACUAUAAGCUCGUCGCUAAAGAUCGGUCUUGGUUUCAUCGGCAUGUGGCCUGGCUCCUCAUACGGGACGCUUCUCUGGCUCUUUUACAUGGCUACCCUCGUCGCCAUGCAAUACUUUCAGUACUCGUACGUUUUCGCGCAUCUGGGCAUGAACGAUUUUUCCAAACUGAUGGACGGUCUGAGCGUCACUCUAGAUUACACUCUGACGUUUUUGAAGCUGCUGAGUCUCUGGUACAAUCGACGAAUAUUCUCGGAUAUCUUGGACGCGAUGGAAGAUGACUGGAACAACCGCGCCACGGAUUUGCACGUGUCCGUGAUGACAAGCAAGGCUAAUCUGGCGCAUCGAUGUUGCAAAGCUAUGAUGACCCUGAAUAGUAUGUCUACUAUUUUUUACUUUGUGGGCAGCUACUUGAAUCAUCGCACGAUCUCCGUCGACGGAGAACCCCGGGAGUUUCCGGUACAGAUGCAAUUCCCGUUCGACCGUGCCACCGACUCGCCAAUCUUCGAAUUCAUUCUUCUGGGAUCCUUCCUUCACGUAUGGGAGACGGCGACCGUAAUCGCGAUGCUGAACUCUCUGAUCCUGGCACUGGUACUUCACGUGAGCGGCCAGAUCGAUAUUAUGUGCCAGGGAUUGAGAGAAAUUUCGUCCACGAGAAAAUCUCAUCCAUCGGUCACAAGAUCGCUCGUCGAAAGGCAUCAGAAAAUCAUAUCUCUAUCCAACAAUAUCAACAACUUUUUCUCUUUUGUUGCACUGAUACAGUUUCUAUGGAAUACCAUAGUUAUCUGCACUAUCGGAGUUAUGAUCGUAAUAUCUCUAGGCACGGACAUGGAAGGUAAAUUCGCAAUACUAAUACAGUCUAUUAUUCCGUAUAUCGCUGUAACGUUAGAAGCAUUCGUUUUCUGUUUUGCUGGCGAAUAUCUCAGCUCUAAGAGCAGAUCUAUUGGUGAUGCGGCAUAUGAGACACUUUGGUACGAAUUGUCUACUAGCGAAUGCCAAAUUUUAUUGCUGAUAAUCGUCAGAUCUCAAAAACGAUUGACAAUUACAGCUGGAAAAAUCAUGGAUCUGACUUUGGAAGGUUUUACGACUGUCAUGAAAGCUUCGAUGUCGUACAUUUCGGUAUUGCACGCGAUGUAUUGA